AUGGGCUGCGCUUCCAAAUUCUACAGGCAGCUUUUACUUCCGCUGCCUUUUGACCCUGCGCGAAGAAGUGUCCGGAUAUUCAACAUCUAUCACUUGUACAAUUUGAGAGUACGUAGCACAGGCAUCAGCCAGAUCAGAAGCGUCUUCAUGGCGUAA